AUGUCUCAGGGGAUCAUAUCUAUUAUCAUAUCUAUAUAUGGCGCUGGUGAUCAUAUCUAUUAUCAUAUCUAUUCAGAGCGCAGGGGAUAUUAUCUAUUAUCAUAUCUUUUCAGGGCGCAGGGGAUCAUAUCUAUUAUCAUAUCUAUUCUGGGCGCAGGGGAUCAUAUCUAUUAUCAUAUCUAUUCAGGUCUCAGGAGAUCAUAUCUAUUAUCAUAUCUAUUCAGGGCGCAGGGGUUCACAUCUAUUAUCAUAUCUAUUCAGGUCUCAGGAGAUCAUAUCUAUUACCAUAUCUAUACAGAGCGCAGGAGAUCAUAUUUAUUAUCAUAUCUAUUUUGGAUGCAGGUGAUCAUAUCUAUUAUCACAUCUAUUCAGGGCGCAGGUGAUCAUAUCUAUGAUCAUAUCUAUUCUGGACGCAGUCUCAGGAGAUCAUAUCUAUUAUCAUAUCUGGUCAGGGCGCAGGGGAUCAUAUCUAUUAUCAUAUCUAUACAGAGCGCAGGGGAUCAUAUCUAUUAUUAUAUCUAUUCAGGGUGCAGGGGAUCAUAUCUAAUAUCAUAUCUAUUGAGAGUGCAGGGGAUCAUAUCUAUUAUCAUAUCUAUACAGAGCGCAGGUGAUCAUAUCUAUUAUCAUAUCUAUUCUGAGCACAGGUGUCAUAUCUAUUAUCAUAUCUAUCCAGUGUGCUGA